AAUUUUAUUUUUUGAAUAGAAAAUUUAAAAUUUUAUUAAAAAUUUACCCAAAAUAUCGAGAUUUUUCUAAAAAAAUCCCUAUAUAUAAUAUAUAAAUUAUAUCAAAAUUUUAUAGUCUCGUCAGGUUUUGAAAACCGCAAAGUGUCACGAUGGCUCUGGCAAGGUUUGAAGCUUGGCUAUAUUACCUUCCAUUAUUUACAUUUUACAACCAUUGUCCUUUGAGUUUGGUGCGUGCCUGAGGUGUCAAUAAGUCAACAGUCAUAUGGUCUCAAUAGAAAACCCAAUUCACGACGUUACUCGCACCGGACAUCAUUUCUUAACAGUUUCUUGCCGUUUUCUCUCUCUAAAAACACGUACAAACACUAAAACACACACAAACACACACUUUCUCUCUCUAAAUCCCCCAAUUUUUUUUUAUCAAACGAGGAGAGAGAGGGAGAGGGAGAGGGUGAGAGAAAGAGAAAGAUAUGUCCGACGCUUUAAUCAAUGGACUCGCCGGCGCAGGUGGUGGAAUCAUCGCUCAGCUCAUCACUUAUCCUCUCCAAACUGUAAACACGCGUCAACAAACCGAUAGAGAUCCGAAGAAAGAGAAGAAAAAGGCGGGGACGGUUGAACAGAUGUAUCAGGUUGUUCAGCAUGAAGGGUGGGGCCGACUAUACGGUGGCUUAACGCCCUCGCUGGUAGGCACGGCAUGUUCACAGGGUGUUUACUAUUAUUUCUAUCAAAUAUUCAGGAGCAAGGCUGAAGCUACAGCACUCAGACGUAAAAAGGAAGGAGCUGGUGAUGGAUCAGUUGGGAUGCUUUCAUCACUCAUGGUGGCUGCUAUGUCAGGGUGUGUUAAUGUGCUGCUCACAAAUCCUAUAUGGGUAGUAGUUACCCGUAUGCAGACUCACACAAAGAAAUCUCCAUCAAACAAGGUGGAGCCAAUUGUUGGUGGAAACGAACCACCUCCUUUUGGAACUAGCAAUGCGGUUCAAGAAGUCUUUGAUGAAGCUGGAGUCUGGGGAUUCUGGAAAGGUGUUUUCCCAACAUUGGUUAUGGUCAGCAAUCCAUCCAUACAGUUUAUGCUGUACGAGACCCUACUAAAGAAUUUAAAGCAACGUCGCGCUUUGAGCAACAGUAACAAAGGCGUAACUGCUUUAGAGGUGUUUUUGCUUGGGGCAUUAGCAAAACUUGGAGCUACAGUUGUAACAUAUCCUCUUUUAGUUGUAAAGUCGAGACUUCAAGCAAAGCAAGUGAUUGGGGUAGACAAAAAGCAUCAGUAUAAAGGCACACUGGAUGCAAUAUUAAAGAUGAUACGAUAUGAAGGGUUCCAUGGUUUUUACAAAGGAAUGAGCACUAAGAUAGUGCAAAGUGUUCUUGCUGCUGCUGUUUUAUUCAUGGUAAAGGAAGAACUUGUGAAUGGAGCUCGUUGGUUGCUGUUGAAGGAAGCAGCUAAAUCCAAACUCUCAUGA